AUGGUGCGGCAGGCACACGUCAAAAACAAGGAAGACACAUCCAACAGGGAACAGGCACGAAUCAAAAUCCCACUGAAGGUUCGACCAGCUCUUCCCACCUUUCCGUUUGAGGAUCAGCUGCCUGAACACCCGCCGUCCCCGACAAACACCCGCUCUCCAACACACAGCCCUCCCCCGCCCGUCAGUCCGUGGAGGCAAGCCGAUUGGCUGCUGCGGGACUCGCCGUACUCAGAGGGCGUGACUGAGCACAAGAGGGGCGGGACUUGUUGGGACUGCCUGCGUUUUCAUGGAGACGACAGUGGUGACCUGCCGUUCGUACCCGUCUCUCCCUCUCACGGUCUCGCCUCAGCAGACGACCUGUCGUCAUGUGACCUCACCCGCCUCGGCUUCAUCUCUCACAUCGAGCUCUCCACCUUCCUGCUCGCUCUGGGCGUCCAACCCAAACGCACCCGUCCGCCGCGCCGCAGGAGCCGGGACAACGGUGUGUUUGGUGUUCCCCUGAAUGCGCUGUUGGAGAACGACAGGAAGAAAUUUCCUGGAGUCAAAGUUCCUGUCGUCUUCCAGAAGCUGUUGUGUAUUUUAGAGCAGACCGGCCUGCAGACUGAAGGGAUUCUCAGAGUACCGGGAUCAGCUGCCAGACUGAAGUACCUGCGCAGAGAGAUAGACAGGUGUUGUGGAAGGUUCGACUGGUCUGCGGUGAGACAGGUUGACGCUGCAGGUCUGCUGAAGCUGUUCAUCAGAGAGCUGCCGACACCUCUGCUGACACACACGCACCUGUCCACCUACCGCUGUGUGCUGGGUAUCCCAUCUGUGGUCCAUCAGGUCCAGGCUCUGCAACUGCUGCUGCUGCUGCUUCCUGAAGCCAACAGAGACACGUUCAAAGCACUGCUGGUCUUCCUGCAGAAGGUGGUCUCUCAUCAGGAGCAGAACCGGAUGUCUCUGUGGAACGUCUCCAUGGUCAUGGCGCCCAACCUGUUCACCUGCCAUCACCAUGGCAACAAGUGCUCCAUCGCUAAACAACAGGAGGAGAUGGAGGAGGCGGUAGGCGGGGCUCACCUGGUCCGACUGAUGAUCACACACCAGGAUCUGCUGUGGACCGUCCCCAGCUUCCUGCUGUCUCAGGUGAGACAGAUGAAUCAGGCGUCCAAUCAGAAACAGCUCGGCCUGACCAAGAGACUACUGCUGAGGAGAAAGAACGACAAGAACGAAAGGAAUCAGAUCACGGAGCUGUGUGAAGGUGUGAUCCGGGUUCACGCUCCCCUGCACACCAAGGUCUCCAUGGCGAUACAGCUUGAUGGACAGACAAGAGCUAAAGACGUCAUCGCCCGCUUUGAGUGUGACAACAGUCCUGUCCAGCGUCUGUAUGAAGUCGGAGGAAACAUCGGUGAGCGUCGCCUCCAUCCGGACUGUUUGCUGUUGGACGUUUACAAAGUGAAUCCUCACUGCGAUUGGCUGAUCAAACCGUGACUCACGGACUCUCCUCGCCUCUCUAACCAUCCCGUCCAGUCACCUUUAUUUAUACAGCUCGCCAUCAGAAACCACAGACUCCCCACCAAGGAGCUUUGCAGUGUGACGAGUCCUCAGAGCCUCGAUCCAAAGCAGGAGGGACAGAAAGUAGUCCGGACAAUCAGGAUCACUGAUUACAGAUAAGCUGUAUGUAACAUGUGAAGAAGGGUCACCUGUCUCACAUCCGUGACAUCACAAGGCUUAGUCAGAUGAACACAAACAUGAACAGCUGUAUAACAGAUUUCUGUCAAUAAACUGUUUCCUGUU